AUGUACCAAGCUGGUUUACAAGUUGACAAGUACCUAGACUAUAGUCACCAGUCUGUACCUACCGAAGUGAAGAGACAGUCACUCGUCUUCCCAUCAGUGACGACCUGCACCAACAGCUGGAUUAAUAAGAAGUCGGAAGCAUGCCUCAAGACUCCUCGAUUGUGCACUAAGUUUGGCCAGGAGGUUCUUUGGGGCAUUUUUAGGGCCCAGUACGAACCAGAGAUGCGUACUCUUGUCGGAUAUGAGCCAAGAGAAAUUUUUGAUUGCCGUAUGGAAUCGACAAGCUCCGACAUCAGAAUCACCUUUCUACGCUUACCCAUACUGCUUUGCUACACCUUAGACAGUAAGCUAUACGGAGGGCAUGAUAACACGCUUGAUAAGUGCAGCACCCCUUGGUUAUACGAACUACAUAUUCGCCUUCGCUUUUUCGAGAAGAACACUCUACGGCUGGUGGCCUCGCUUCCACUCCCAGUGUUUGUGCAACAGCCGCAGCUCUGCAGACCCGAGCGCAACGCCGCCAUCGCGCUGGUCGAGUGGAAGAGCUACGACAUCGCUAUCAAGCAGGUUGCGCUCGAAAGCUACACCAAAAAUAUAUAA